ACCAAACAAAAUCUAAGUUCCAUCUUGUAGUUGUCACCCCUUACUUUUUGUUCAAGCCUCGUCAUCCCUAGUUCCAUACUCUCCCUUUUACAACCCUCAUAGCAGCCCUGUCCCCCCCUCCCGUUUUUCUCCCCGCCUGGCUGAGUAGCUCUGCCCUCUGCGCAUCUUGUCGCCGGACUGACCCCUAGUCAACCGUCUCCCAAUCUGCUACACUCUGAAGAGGAGAGAAUCAAUGAAGACAGAUUCCGAUGGUUCGUCAAACAAAGAGCUAUAUGCUCUGCUAAACAUAUCCCCUGAAGCUUCCACAGAAGAAAUCCGGAAAGCUUACCGCCAAUGGGCGCAAGUCUAUCACCCUGAUAAGUAUCAAGCUCCUCAGAUGAAGGACAUCGCAACAGAGAAUUUUCCCCGGAUAUGUGAAGCAUACGAGAUUUUGUGCGAUGAAACUAAGCGGCAGAUAUAUGAUAUAUAUGGUAUGGAAGGAUUGGCCGCUGGUUUGGAACUAGGUCCAAAGCUGAACAAAGCAGAUGAGAUUAAGGAAGAACUAGAAAGACUACGACGUGAGAAGGAGCUCGAAAAGGUUGCUCAUGUUUGUUCUGCUGGUACAAUUGUAGCUCAAUUGUCAUUGCCACAGUUUUUAGAGGGUGAAGGCAUCAUGAAAGGAAUGGCUAUGGAAAGUGAAGCUCACUCUCGGCUAUCCAAAAACAAUGCAAUUGGUAUAGGUGGGAAUUUAGCAGUUAAUGGAAAUGCAGGAGCUGGUGACGCUUCUAUUGUCUUUCGUCAUCAAAUGUCUUCAUUUUCUUCCUUAGAGUUCAUGGGCUCUGUGGGUACGCGGGCACUGAUAGGUGUACGAACAUCACGCCACUUAUCACAACACAGCACUGCAUCAAUGGGUCUAGCCAUGUCUUUAAGAGAUGGUUCAAUUAAUCUUUCCAACAUUUGGACCCGUCAACUCUCUGCCACAACAAAGGGAAAUAUUCAGCUUUCUUUGGGCUCGGAGUCCUCUGUAUCGGUUGGAUGGAAGAAAAAAGAACAAAAAUUAUCUGCUGCUGGAGAGAUCAAGGUUGGAACAGGGUCCUUUGCCGCAUCUGCUCAUUAUACUCACCACUUCUCAUCAAAAUCUCAUGGACGCAUUGCUGGAGUAUUUGGAAGUACUGAACUUCAACUUGAAGUCGGAGGUGGAAGAAAAAUUUCAGAGUUUAGCACUGUCCAUAUGCUUUAUACCAUUGGAGUUCAGGGUAUCUUUUGGAAAUUUGAAUUACACCGUGGAGGCCAAAAGUUGAUAGUGCCUAUAUUGCUUUCCACGCAUUUGAGCCCUUUAUUUGCAACUGGGGCCUUUGUCAUUCCUGCAUCAAUUUAUUUUAUAGUCAAGAAGUAUGUCAUGAAACCUUAUUAUCUUAAAAGGGAAAAGAUGAAGGCAUUAGAGAAUGCUGAAAAAACUUUUACCAAGAUUCGAGAGGCAAAGGCUGCAGCUAAGAAAGCUCAACAAUUAUUAGAGACUGUAGCAAAUAGAAAAAGAAAUAGACAGCUAGAAACAGAUGGUCUAGUUGUGACACAUGCAGUCUAUGGGAGUUGCAAAGCACUGGGCAGUCGAAGGAAACACACUGAAGAAAAUGGAGAUGAUGGAGUUUCACAGAUCUUGGAUGUGACUCUGCCUAUGAAUUUUCUGGUGAAUGACUCUGGACAGCUAAAGCUACAUGAGGGCGUGAAGAAAUCUGGAAUAAUGGGUUUUUGCGAUCCUUGUCCUGAUGAGCCAAAGCAGUUGUAUGUGGAGUACAUGUUUCACGGCUCUAAAUUUGAGGUGACUGUCGAUGAUUAUGCAGAGUUGAUUAUUCCCCAGGAAGCACACAGGAUUCCAUCAUAGAUCCUUGUUUCUUUCGGUAAAACUUAGGAAAAAGCAAUGCAAUGAUGGGUAUACCAAAUGGAAGCUGUGCUCUACGUGCACUUGAUCUUCAGCUGAUGGAAAUCUGUUCAUUCAUAUUUGAUCGUAAACAAAGAGAUCUCUUAUAAUGUUUCUUGUUCUGCCUUUGGAGGUCAGUCAGGCCAAUUAUGAUAGUUCACAGAGUACAAUCAGUACAUGGUAAAAAAACAUUUUUGUUUUUGUUGUUGAUCAGGAAUUACAUGAGCUAUCCAACAUUUCAGUUUUGUGUUUAUAGACCUGUAAUGAUAACAAUAAUAAGGCUAUCCAUCAUUCAUUCUAGGAGGCACAGUUUAAGGAGCAUGUUCAGACAUACUCUGUUUUGGUUUUAGUUCAUCAUAGUUUGUCUUCACCUCAUCUAUUACUCUCCGUCCCAUUAAAUUUUUGACAUUUUG